AUGGUAGUAAGAUUGCGUUUAGCCCGUUGGGGACGUAAAGAUCUGCCAUUCUACCGAAUUGUGGCAGCAGACGCUCGUGCUCCACGUGAUGGCAAACAUCUUGAAAUUCUUGGUACGUUUAAUCCAAUUGCAGCAAGUGAUGGUGUCAAGGAACUACGUGUAAACAACCAACGUGUACGCUAUUGGAUGUCAGUGGGUGCACAACCUUCUGAUCGUGUCGCGUAUCUCUUGGGUCUAGCUAAUGUGUUACCAAUACCUCCUACCCGUCAGUAUACAAAGAAAAACGUACCGAAGAAGGAACGGAAGACCAAAACAUAA